CAGACGACUCGAUGAACCCGCGCGGAAAGGGCACGCUUCCUCUCGGCAAGGAGGGGCGGAAGCUGUUGACGAGGAUUGACCUCUAGUGGAAGGGCGGCCCAGUGGAAGAGAUAGGUAGGAAGUAACUGAGCCCCGUAAGCCGAUGGACUGCCUCGCAGCGCUUCUCCGAAUCCAAUUGGAAGUUUGGUAAACUUACUGAGAUUGCAAGCUGGUGCUCAGUCUGUGCAGACAUGCGCUUCAAUCCAUUGGGGUGAGGCAGACUAGGAAGACGCGCCCCAGGCUUACCUUGGAGACCUCGGGGACAUGCCAUUUCUUUCUUAUUUCUUUCCCAUGACAGAAGGGCAGGCGCAGCAGAUGAGUCAGCUCCUCACUAGCGCGCUUUUCGUUUGUUGUCGCCCUUUAUAUGGAAACUCACCUGCCCCUCCGACUUCCAACUUUCUUCCUUCUCCAGCACCUCUCGUCCAGCGCUGCCCACUGUGCCACAAUGGGCUUUGCUUCCUGUUCGCCCGCCCACGAGCUUCCAUCGCUUACCCAGCUGCCGCGCAACCCCGCGCUCGUCGUCGAGCCCUCACUUCACCGCGAAGCUCCCGUCUGCCAGAAAGUAAGUCACUCUCACCGCAUCCCUACCCACCCUUCCCCGGCGAUGAUUAGCCUGGCAGGCCCGCAUUCCUGCCAAGCACAUACAUUUGAACUGAGACGAACACCGCUCCUGGACUGCGCUGCCCCCCGCAGGCUCGACAGGCCUGCGGUUCCCUCGCGCAAGAAGCGUGCAAGAAGCCCGGCCGACUGAGCUGGCGGCGUGCGGUCUCUCCGUGGACGCGGGUUUUGUCGUUGAUCGUUUAAAGAGAGCUAUGAGCCGCUUGCUGUCUUGUCCUACCCACUGUCACUUUCGCAUUUGAAGCUCACUGGUUUUGGACUGAGACUGACGGUUUUUUUUA